AUGGUUUCGUUCAUGGAAGCUCUUGCGAUGGCUUGGGGACCGGUAUUUUUCCUCGCCGAUAGGUCACGGUACAAAUCCCUGAAGUUAAUUGGAAAAGCACUCAAGAGUAAACUUGUCAUGGUGCCGACAUUGGUAGUAACCAUGGUAUUUCUGCUCGGCGUGGUAGGAGUGAUGAGUUUCUUCGCCAACAGAAGGAAAAUUGCAGCAGAUCAACGGUCAUUGCAGCGUAAGAAAGCAUUACUACUCGCAGAAUGGGGAGACGAGUUUUAUGAGGGUGAAACAGCAUGGAACAUCCAAGAAGAACAUGGAGAUGGAGAAGAUCACGAGGAAGAACAAGACAAGGAGUGUACGAUCGAGAUGCCUGAGAUGUUACCAUUGAUAAAAGAGACAAAGCCAGCUGUGACAAAAGGAUCUGGAGAGGUCUUUGUCUCCGCGAGCGACAGGUGACU